GUGCAUCAUGUUUCUUCUCAAGUACAUUUAUUUUCUCUCAUUAUCCAUUAUUCCCAUUUGGGCUGCAGAUUUAACAUGUCCAGGUAUGCCAAUUACGACCGAAUCUGGAGACUUUCCACAAGGAGGACCAACGGUGUUUCCAAAAAAUUAUAACUGUUAUUUUCAGUUUCAAAUUCCUGAUGGCCAGGUGGUCAAAUUCGAUGUUCAAACUAAUGCAGAUACUGAUGCUGGAGACAAGCUUGUAAUCGAAGAUUCCACGGGAACAAAUCAUGAAAUGUAUACUGGUGAAAUUACGUACUACGCUGCCGCCAAUAACGCAAAUGUCAAAAUUACUACUAAAACCAACAAUGCUUCUUUUCAUUUUUCUUGGAAGUUCAUCGAUGUCACUACAUUCAACAAAAUUCAGAAUCCAAGUGGAACUAUUCUCAAUUUGAAUCUCACCGCAAACACUUUCUAUCAAUUCAAUUCAGAAUUGAGUAACAUAACAUUUCACACUGCAAAUCUUGAUAGAACUUUUGACGUAUCACUUGCCUAUAUUUAUGUUUAUGAUGGACAAGACCUGAAUGGAAAGUUCUUAGGACAUCUUUUGCAAUUUUCUGGCUCUAUGAAAACUCAAUCCACAACUGGAAAAUCAUUGGUUCUUGUCAAUUUUUAUGGAUCCAACUCAAGAUCUUAUGGUAUUGCAAAUGACUAUUCAUCUGUAUUUUCAUACAACACAUACGAAUUGAUUGUUGCUUCAAGUGGCAUUAAUUAUUAUUCCAAUUAUGUAGUUCCAACUGGAAAAGAGUCUGCAUUCACUUAUUUUUGUGUGGACUCAAUGGAAACUUAUAUCAUCGAUUUGAAUAUUGUGGACCAAAACGUUGUCGGACAAUCGAUUAGUUUUAAACCACUCACACCAACACAAUUUCAAUCAAACUUAUUGAUUUACAAACACGGAGAUCCAAUUGCUCAAAGUUUGCCACAACAAAUACCAACAAAUACCUUCACUGUGAUAAUGAGCCAGUCCACGUUCAACUUUUUGCUCUCUUCUGGCCCGUCGAGCAUUUGGAAUCUUGCUCCUCCAGGAAGAAGAGGAUGGAUAAUAUCUCCAUCGCUCUGGAAUCCUACGACUACUGCUACGGUUCCCUAUACAUCUAAUUUCACGUCUGUGGAAAAAAUUAAAUUCAUUUUCAACCUGAUAUCCGUGGUAAUUGUGGAUGAAGGAGCAGAAAUGAAAAUUACUAUGGGAUCGCCGGGAAUUCCACCAAAUGUUGUUGAAUUUAAUCAAACUGCAGUUAAUACUGGUUCAAGAUCUGUAUAUGGAACGUACAUGUCCACAGAAUUUACCGGAAGCACGGAUAUUUCAUCAUUUCUUCUGAAUUUUGAAAUAGUGGGUAAUCCGGCAACAGCAACUACUGCUCAACUGGAGACAACAACAAAAACGGCUAAUUUGUUUAUUAAUAUUCCACUUGUUUUAUUUAUUUUUGUGAGACUUUUAUUAGCUUUAUAACAACAGCAUUCAAAUAAAUAAUUUGUUUUGUGAAA